AUGUGCGGUAAGUGGAAAUUGGUACUAACUGGGAUAGGUAAUCCAGAACCGCAGUACGCUGGUACGCGCCACAAUGUAGGGCUCUAUAUGCUGGAGCUCCUACGAAGACGGUUUGGUUUACAGGAUAGAACUUACUCCCCUGUGCCCAACACGGGUGGCAAAAUACAUUAUAUAGAAGGUGAGCAUUGCACACUACUAAGGUCAGAUGGUCAGUACAUGAACUUGAGUGGAGAACAGGUGUGCAAGGUCUGGGCACGGUAUGCCAAGCAUCAAGUCCGACACGUAGUUAUCCAUGAUGAACUGAGUGUGGAGUGUGGAAAAGUGCAAUUGAGAGCCGCCGCCACUAGUAUUCGAGGCCAUAAUGGGCUACGAAGUCUGGUCAAAUGCAGUGGCGGUCGAGUACCCUUUGCAAAGCUUGCCGUAGGAAUCGGCAGAGACCCAGGGUGCCAUUCUAGAGACCCUGCAAGUGUGUCCCGAUGGGUCCUUGGAGCCCUCACUCCGCAGGAACAGCAAACUUUACUCACACAGAGUGAACCUGCUGCCUGGCGUACCUUAACUCAGUACCUUUCAUAG